GAAAAUUCAUUUCAUUUUCCUACAUCUUCCUAAACGCGUAAUCUCUUUUCAUACAAAUGAUGAUCUCUCUUCCGUUUCCACUUGUGUGUAUAAAUUAGAAGCUUUUUUGAAUGGUUUAACGACCCGUUUUUGCUAUCAUAUAUACAAACAUCCUUUGAACAUUCUAACAAUAAUCCAGAACUAGAAUAAGCCUGAAAAAUCUUGGGUGUUCUUUGUUUUGUUUUGUUUUUUUCAAUUCCUUUUGGAUUUUCAUGUCAUUUGCUUGUUUUAGAUUUACCCAGACCUUCGUUUUUGGAGCUUACCGAUAAUGGCGACGGCGGCUAUAUUCUCAUCCAUGAGGCGGCGGAGAUCGCCGUCUGUGGAGGCGUUUUUGGCUCCGGUGGACUUAUCUGAAGUAGCUCUCGUUCAAACCUUAGUAGCCAUCUCAUCGGAGCUUGUUUCUUGCGUUUCCGACAAGGUUUUCUUCUUUCAACGAAGGAAUUCUCGGUGUUUGAUUCGGAAAAUCGAGGUUUUGGUUGUUUUGUUGGAGUAUGUGAAGGAUUCAGAAUCUGGGUCCAUGUCAACGUUGCCAUCAACAGCCAUUUUGUGCUUCAAGGAGCUUUAUUUGUUGCUUUACAGGUCAAAGAUAUUGCUUGAUUAUUGUGCUCAAUCAAGUAAGUUAUGGCUUUUACUUCAAAACCCUUCAAUUUCAAGCCAUUUCCAUGAUUUGAACCAAGAGAUUUCUACCCUUUUGGAUGUUUUCCCAUUAAAUGAUCUUGAGUUGAGUGAUGAUGUUAGGGAACAAGUUGAGCUGUUGCAAAAGCAGGCUAGGAACCCUAAACUUUAUGUUGAUGAAAGUGAUGAGGGCUUAAGGGUUAAGUUGUUUUCAUUUCUUGAUGAUUUUGGUAAUGGGAGGAUACCAAAUCAUGGGGAUUUAAGGUUGUUCUUUGUGGAGAGGUUGUGGAUUAGGGAUUCCAUAAGUUUUAGGCGUGAAAUUGAGUUUUUGGAGGAACAAAUUGUGAAUCAUGAAGGGGAUAUUGAACCUACUGCUUGUGUGCUUAAUGGAUUUGUUGCAAUUGUCCGGUAUUGUCGGUUUUUGCUGUUCGGUUUUGAGGAAGAUGAGGUUCUGUUCUUGUCUCGGGGUCAGAAGAAACCAAGAAAAGGGUUGAUUGCUCGAGAGAUUGCCGAUACGUUUUUAACUGUUCCAAAGGACUUCUGUUGUCCGAUAUCAUUGGAGUUGAUGAGAGAUCCGGUGAUAGUUUCAACAGGACAGACUUAUGACCGGAGUUCGAUAACUAGGUGGAUCGAGGAAGGGCAUUGUACUUGUCCAAAGACAGGGCAAAUGCUUGACCAUACCCGGCUUGUUCCGAAUCGAGCUUUGAGGAACUUGAUCGUGCAAUGGUGUACUGCUCAUGGUGUCCCAUAUGAUCCACCAGAGACUAGGGAUGCAUCGGCAGAGUCUUUUGCCGCUGCUUGCCCAAUCAAAGCAGCAGUGGAAGCCAAUAGAGCAACAGCAACGCUUCUUAUCAAACAACUAGCAGAUGGAUCUCAGGGAGCUCAGACUAUUGCUUCUAGAGAGAUUCGGUUAUUGACUAAAACGGGAAAGGAAAACCGUGCUUUUAUUGCAGGGGCUGGGGCAAUACCGCACUUACGGAAGUUGCUGUCAUCUUCAAGCCCCAUUGCUCAAGAGAAUUCUGUUACUGCAAUGCUGAAUCUAUCCAUUCACGAUAAAAAUAAACGUCUAAUUAUCGAUGAGGAUGGUUGUUUAACAUCAAUUGUUGAAGUCUUGAAGCUCGGACUCACAACAGAAGCUAGGGAAAACGCUGCAGCAACAUUGUUCAGCCUCUCAGCAGUUCAUGACUUUAAGAAGAGAAUAGCAGAUCAAGAAGGAGCAAUUGAAGCCUUAGCAGGGUUGCUGAGAGUGGGAACCUCAAGAGGAAAGAAGGAUGCUGUAAUGGCUUUAUUUAAUUUGUCGACUCACACAGAUAAUUGUGCAAGAAUGAUUAAGGCCAGAGCUGUUGCAGAACUUGUAGGAGCUUUGCAAAAUGAAGGUGUUGCGGAGGAAGCAGCAGGUGCAUUGGCCUUAAUAGUCCGACAGCCAAUUGGGGCCGAAGCAGUGGGAAAGGAAGAAAUGGCAGUGUCCAGGUUGAUAACAAUGAUGAGAUGCGGAACACCGAGAGGGAAAGAGAAUGCAGUUGCAGCAUUGCUCGAGUUGUGCCGCAGUGGUGGUGCCGCUGCGACUGAGAGAGUGCUUAAGACACCUGCAUUGGCCGGUUUACUUCAAACUCUGUUGUUUACGGGUACAAAACGAGCUAGACGGAAGGCUGCAUCACUUGCUCGAGUCUUUCAUAGGUGUGAGAAUACGUCCUUACAUCCCAGUGGAUUCAGAAAUGGUAACUCAACUACAAACAUUUCAACUUUCGGUGGUGAUGUCUCAGUGCCUAUGUCCUUAUCAGUGUUGUAAUGGUAGCAUCAUCCUCUGGUGUUGCCCUCCUUAACCAUAUGAGUUCCCAUUUUUGUUGGUACCAUAUAUACACAUAUAAAUUCUUUCAUUUAAAUUUCAAAUAAUGAGAAUAACAAUUACAGAAUUGAGAUA